AUGCGGUGGACUGUUGCAACACUGCUCGGCUCGGCCCUUGUGGCCCACCAGACCCUAGCAGAGCCCGAGCUGGCCUUUACCGUUGAGGCCACGCGGAACGGGGUCCCGAUCCCAAAGUCAGAGAUCAAGCUCGUGCCGUUCGAGUUCGGCCGUAGUCGUGUGGGUCCUGGUACACCAUCCCCAAAGCCCAACGUCCACCGCAAGACCCGGAGGGCCAACCCGACCGUCGACAGCGCCAACUGGUGUGGCUCGGUCAGCACGACGCCGUCGAGCAAUCAGAUCAAGGUGAUUCAUGGCACCUUUGCUCACCCGGCCUGCACCAAGAGGAUCGGCCAGAGCUAUCCGCAGGCAGCCGCGAACUGGGUGGGCAUUGACGGCGACUCGUGGCCUUCUGCGGUGUUGCAGGCUGGGACGGUGUGCAAGUUUGACAAUUCCACCGCCAGUGUUAGGAACGAAGCCUGGUGGCAAUGGGUUCCUUCAGGUGCUUACACUAUCUCGUCGAUGCCAGUGGCAGUAGACGACUGGUUCGCCAUAACCAUCAACACAACUUCCACCACAGCAGGCGAAGUAACCGUCUCAAACCUCUCCCAAGGCCACACCUACACCAUCAAAAUCUCAUCCGGCCCGACCCUGGCCCGCGUCAACGCCGACUGGGUGGUUGAGCGCCCCUACUACGGCGCCUCGCUUGCCGGCUUUCCGUCCUUCACCGACGUGUGGUUCGACGAGGCCUGGACGACUCGCACGACCGGCUCUGGGUUGGGCCUCUUGGGGGCGAAACAGUACCAGAUCCCGGGUCUGUGCGGGUCGCAGGAGUGGGGGAAUGAUAUGCAGGUUUCUUGGGCGCUUUGA